UGUCGCACCAAGCUGGCCAGGAGCUCGUGGCUAUUUGGAGAAAGUAGGCUUCUGGCCUGCAUAUCUUGGGGUUAGUAUACUCGGCAACCCCCUUACCACCACCAAGAGGGGGAGAAACAAAAACUCAAUGACUAUUCAAGGUGAGAGAAGUGCUACCUUUCUCCAAGCUCCCAUUGUCCCGGGCGAGGGAGACAAUGAAGAGGAGGGCCCAGCCCAUCCAGCCCAUUUGGCCAGGCGCAUCAUCAAGCCAUCUGGAUCCAAUGCCCCGGCAUUUAAGUUGACGCGCACCCUUGGGUGUAUAAAAGAAGGGGGGAGCAGCCCUCCCCGGCACGGCUAUCCAAGACCGUUCGUCUACAGCAGAGACGUGCAGUUUUCGAGCCUCGGUCCGUUGUCAAGGACAAUGACAGUUGCAAGGCGACGGGGGCACAAGCAAGAUACCGAAAUCAUCAAUCCCGAAUGGCCAAGCAACCAGCGAAAUAACCGAAAUCCCAAAGCCUGCAAAUUCAAUCGAUGUGGUGUGAUGGGUUCAUCCCCAUCUCAGUCCCCGCGGGGCUCUGCCCUCCUCCCUCCUUGCCCUUUACCCGAAACUUUUCGUCUCAGUGCCAUCGGGGAGUGUUCCAACCAAACAAGGCCCAGGGCCUCGGCUAUCCAGAGCCCGUGGUAUAGGCUUCGAGCUCAGAACAAACCGCCAAAGGAAGGGGUGCGCGGGCACUCCAUUGAAGCUCCUAUGACUGCGUACGGUCAAUAUUGUGUACCUGUGCAUGCUAUGGGAAGCCGACCUGGUAUGUGUCAUGUUUGGGUAAUGUGCCGAACGUAAAAAACCUGUUUGCCCCCCCCCCCCCCCCUCCUGCCAAACAAGGGUAUAUGUGGUUAGCAAAUUCUUGCCCUUUUCAAUACCACUGAAUCACGUAUGUUGGCUGAAACGUUCAUUGCAAGUAAACCUAGAUAGUGGCAGCAAACGCGCAGACUACAUGUGUUGACAACCACUAAACAAACCGAUGGUGAUGCAAUUAUCAAUAGUAUCUAUCUGUCUGUCCAUCUCUUCAGAGUGUGUGGAACCCGUCAUCAGGAUAAAACCAUUUUUCAAACUCCAAAAAUAUUCCGAAACCGAGAAUCGAACUCGGGGCUAUGCCUAACCUCUCAUCGAAUGAGAGGGCAUCAUGUUGGCCACUACACCAUAUCGG